AUGCGUUUCUUCGCCUUUACUAUGUUUGUGGCCUUUGCUACUGCUGCACCAGUUCUCAGCAAGAGCUCCCACGACGCAAGUCUGACGAGUGGUGACUAUGAUAAACGAACCAAUAUCUAUCCAUGCAUCAAACUGGAGGGCGAGGAGGGCGAGGACCUCGAAAAACGCACCUACAACUGCUCAUGA